AGGGCUCCCGCGUUAUGGGGUAGACACGUUUGUAUAGGGGGUAAUAUGGCGGACUUCCAACCCUGAAAGCGCUGUACCCGGAGAUGCCACUGGUUACAUUGGGCAGUAGCGCUUGGCUCUUACACUGCAUUUCAAACGAUCAGCGAUGCAGUAUAAAGCAGGGGGAUGGACAAGAGCUUCAGAAGUGACUGAAGGAAUCCAGCUCUUCAUCUUGGCGCUGAAACCCCCUUAAAAUCGGUUUAAAUGAGAAUGUCCCUGGCGCAGAGAGUGCUGCUGACAUGGCUCUUCAGUUUACUUUUCCUGAUCAUGCUGGUGCUGAAGCUGGAUGAGAAGGCCCCAUGGAGCUGGUUCAUCAUCUUCAUCCCCAUUUGGAUAUUUGACACCAUUUUAAUUGUUAUGUUAAUUGUAAAAAUGGCAGGCCGGUGUAAAUCUGGAUAUGACCUCAGGAAUGGAGCGCAAAACAUGAAGAAAAAGUCUUGGUACCUUACAGCCAUGCUCCUGAAACUGGCGUUUUGUCUUGCCCUGUGUGCCCGGCUGGAACAGUUCACCAGCAUGCUGCUAUGUCUGGUCUUGAUUCCAUUGUGGAUCCUGCUCAUCGGAGGACUGAUUGAACUUGGAUACAACGUGUUCUACGUGAGACAUGACUAGCUGCUAAAAGAAGGACUUCAUGUCACGGGAGCAGCGGGUUAGAAAAUGGCCAUCCCCAUGUACAGUCUGUAAAUAAAGGAUACUUAAUAAUGCA